AUGACGACAAGAGCGAAAGGGAAGCAGACCAUGCUCACCGAAGCAGAGCGUCAAGAGCAGUAUAACAAGUUGAGGGAGGAGGAGCUUCGCUGCAAGGCGAUGCAGGAGAAGCUCCGUGCCCAGCGGCUGCAGCUCGAGAAAUUGCAGGCACCACCACCACCACCACCACCGCAGAAGGAGAUGACCGGGGUCAACCCGCGGCAACAAGAACCACCAAGGUUCCGCUCAAAAUUCGUGCCGGUCGAAGAGAUUUCUGACCAUUCUGAGUCAGACGGCGAAGAGCGUUACCAAAGAAGGCAUCAAAGAAUAUCACCAUUGUCCGAAGAGCUGGAGGAGGUGCAGUGGCCUCAUCGCCUCAACCCAGCAAUAUUGCCGCAGUUCGAUGGGGAGUCGGACCCCGAAGAGUUCCUCCUCAAAUACGAAGCCACCAUUGAAGCAUCAGGAGGAGGCACCGCGUGUAAAGUGAAGGCGCUCGUCCUUGCAUUGAAGGGCUUGGCGCAGCGUUGGUAUGCAAACAUCCCACCAGGAACCAUUCUGUCUUGGAAGCAGCUUCACCUCGAGUUAUGUGCAAGUUUCCGUGCCGUGAGGCCCGACGAAGUCACAUCUUGCGAUUUUCACGAUCUAAAGCAAGGAAACAUGACCUUGCAAGAAUAUCUUCAGAGUGUCAUGAAGAUUCGCGCAAGAGCACCAAAUGUUGCUGACCAGAGCAUCAUCGAUUCGGUGGUGAAGGGGAUCAACCUGGGACCAUGCGCAGAAUACAUAUCCCGGCGCAAGCCGAAGACACUCACAAAGCUGUUCAAGAUAAUGCAAGAAUGUUGCAUAUCUGACCAUGCGAAGAGGAGAAGGCUUGAGGAGAAGAACGAGCAGAAGAAGUCGCGAAACAGUGAGAGGUCCCAUUCAAAACCGUGGCACGCUGACGAGCCGAAGCAGAAAAGAACAGUGAACAACGUGUCCGAAGAAGGACCCCGAGAGCACAGACACCAUCACAGGGGCAAAGGCGAGAGGGACCGUCACAAAGAACGAUCCAACCACGAUGAUCGUCACCAGCGUGAAGAACGACACAACAAAGGCCGAAGAGACAGCGGCGGUCGAAGAGAGAAAAUUCCAUUCUGUUUCUUCCACGGCAAGGACAAAGGCCACUGGACAAAUGAAUGCCCCUUCGCCAUUGAAAGGAAAGAAGAGUUUGAUCGGCAGAAUUCCCAGCCAGCGAAGCCAGUCAAUCAUACCUCGCAGUUGCCACCUCAGUCUUCGGCAACGGCAACCACUUGGGCUCCUACACCAAAUUGGCCGGUGUCAUACCCAGUUUUCAAUUACAACCCGCUACCGUAUGCACCACCUCCGCAACAUUCAAUACCAAUGCUACCACCUCCGCAGUACAGUCAGACAUGGGCCAGAAGCUCAAUACCAUUGUCUUGCGACACAACAAAUCUACCUCCACCUCCGAAACUUGAGCCGGGGCAGAUUCCAGAGCGAGCAAUCGAUGCACCUUCGGGCAGCAGGGUGAACAUCAUCAACGCCACCUUUGGAGGAUCUAACGAACCAGUGCUUGAGACGAAGAGGCAGCGCAAUGAGUACUUCAGAACAGUUUCUCAUGUCAGCGAGGGCAAAUGCUUCCGAACAACUUGGUCGCAUGUCCCGAUAUCCUUCACACAGGCAGACCUUCGGCUGCAACACUACCCACAUAAUGACCCUCUCAUCAUAAGGGCCAACAUCGGCAAGAAUUCAAUGCACUUCGCAGGGAACGAUGUAGGGAGAAUACUGGUGGACAAUGGGAGCUCCGCAGGCAUCCUCGUAUGGCAGUGCUUUGUAAAAAUGGGCUUCACGGAAACAGCCCUGCACAAGUCACAGUAUCCGCUCAUUGGCUUCGGAGGCAAGAGAAUCGAAGCUCUGGGCAAGAUAGAGCUCAAUGUCACAUUCGGCGAAGGAGCAGCACAAAGAACCGAAGCAAUAACCUUUGAUGUAGUUGACAUCAAUUACCCAUAUAACGCCAUCUUCGGGUGCAACACCUUGGUUAAAUUUGCAGCAGUGAUUCAUCAGUCCUAUUUAUGCAUGAAGUUACCUUCGGCCGGAGGAAUUGUCACAGUCUUCGGCAACCAGGAAGAAGCAAGAAGAUGCGAAGACAAUGCAUCAAUCGGCAACAAGAAUGUCCAUGUCAUUGAAACACCAAAUGAGGACAAUGAGGCCACAAACAGUGAAGAGACAGAGAAGUCAGGGGGAGUAUCCCCGGCAGAACACACGAAGAAGGUGCCACUGUGCGAAGAUGAGCCCGACCGAAUGGUGCUCAUCGGAAAAGGGCUCGAAGAGGCCGAAGAAGCCAGGCUUAUACAGUUUCUUCGCAACAAUCAAGACGUGUUUGCUUGGUCCUCGUCGGAUCUGCGAGGGGUCAGUCGAGAGGUCAUCGAGCAUGAGCUCAGGGUGAACCCGAAGGCAAAACCAGUAAAGCAGGGACAAAGGACAAUGUCCGAAGAAAGGCAGAAAGCGGCUCAGGCCGAGGUGCAGAAAUUGCUCGACGCGGGCGUCAUCCGCGAGGUCCAGUACCCGGAGUGGCUAGAAAAUGUUGUCAUGGUACCGAAGAAGAACGGGAAGUGGCGAAUGUGCAUUGACUUCACAAUCUUGAACAAGGCAUGCCCGAAGGACGAAUACCCACUACCACGAAUUGACACCCUGGUCGAUGCAGCAGCUUGCUCGGAGAUGCUCAGUAUGUUGGAUUGUUUCUCUGGUUAUCACCAGAUAUUCAUGAAUAAGGCAGACGAAGAGAAGACCAGUUUCACCACCCCCUUCAGGACAUAUUGCUACGUGAGAAUGCCGGAGGGCCUCUGCAAUGCCGGAUGUACUUUUAACAGAAUGAUCAAGAAGGCGCUGAAAGGCUCAGGCAACUUCGAAUGGGGUGAAGAGCAGGCAAAGGCCUUCGAAGACCUCAAGCAGUACAUUGAGAAGUUGGCAGUCAUGUCCAGCCCUUCGGAGAAGGAGUUGCUGUUAGACAUCUCCACAUCAGGUGCAGCCAAUACGAAGGCCUUCUCUUGGGUCUUCGAAAAGCAAGAGCGCUGGGCGCACGAAGAUUAA